CACACAACAGCGCAAAGAUGCUUUCAAUCUUGCGGAAAGCGCGUCUGAAGGACAAAGAGAUGAGAAUCUUGAUGCUGGGUCUGGACAAUGCAGGAAAGACUACCAUCGUUAAGAAAAUCAUGAAUGAGGACGUGAACAGUGUCAGCCCGACGCUAGGCUUCAUCAUCAAGACAAUUGAGUACGACGGCUACAAACUGAAUAUUUGGGAUGUGGGCGGCCAAAAGACGCUGCGGACGUAUUGGAAGAACUACUUUGAGAAAACCGACACGCUCAUCUGGGUGGUUGAUGCUACCGACCGCGAGCGAAUCGACGACUGUCGGCGUGAGCUGGAGGGGCUGCUCCAGGAAGAGCGGCUCAUGGGAGCGAGCUUGCUCGUGUUCAAGAACAAGAGCGACGUGUCGGGAUCCAUGACAGAAGACGAGGUUCGGCAGGGUCUCCGGCUCGACGCCAUCAAGACGCACAAAUGGACCAUCAUGGCGUGCAGCGCCAUGACGGGCACGAACCUGCAGGAAGGGCUGCGGUGGGUGGUGCAGGACGCGAAAAGCAGGCUGUUUCUGUACUGAGCCAGGCGGAUGGCGUGGGCGCUGGCGAACGUGUUGGGCGGCUGCAAGGGGCAACCCGUGCAGUUCCCUGGUUGAAAAGUGGGCAGCGCGCCGCCGUGACAAGCGCGGCAACGGUCUCGGGCGCCGUCAGCUGGGAACUCGGGGGCAGCAAAACAAACAAGUAGACACACGCCG